AUGACCAGAAGACGUUCGGUGAACAUCUCGGACGUGACGGAGGUCAGAAGAUAUGAGGACUUCUCGACCAUCGACUGGGUAGAUGUGGCUGCCAGAGAAAACAUGCUGCGAUGCCUGACGAUUGAAAAGUUCCGACCGGCGUCCCGAGUCGCAGCAGGGUCAAGCGACACCCGAGGACGAAUUCGACACAAGCUCUAUGAGGUCUACACGGCAGCUCAAUCAUGGCUGGUACUGGCCCUCAUCGGUAUGGCUAUCGGAGCUAUAGCAGCCGUGCUCAACAUUUCGACCGAGUGGCUCGCCGACCUCAAAACGGGCUACUGCUCUACAGGAUUCUAUCUGAAUGAAGACUUUUGCUGCUGGGGCACCGAGGGAGACCACUGUCCGGCAUGGCAGUCCUGGACUGGCUUUGGACUGCUCAAUUACUUUGUCUAUGUGGGAUUUGCUGCCGGAUUUGCCGCCCUGGCGGCCUUCCUCGUCAAGACCUACGCACCUUACGCUGCUGGCUCAGGCAUUUCAGAAAUCAAGUGCAUUGUUGCUGGUUUCGUCAUGCAGGGUUUUCUAGGCCCCUGGACCUUGCUGCUCAAGUCAAUUGGCCUUCCUCUGGCCAUUGCGUCUGGUCUGUCCGUCGGAAAAGAGGGGCCCAGUGUCCACUACGCCGUUUGUGCCGGCCACGUGAUUGCCUCGCUCUUUGGACGGUACCGAAACUCCAAAUCGAAAAUGAGAGAAAUAUACUCGGCCUGUACGGCUGCAGGUGUGGCUGUGGCGUUUGGCUCGCCUAUUGGAGGCGUGCUAUUCUCUCUCGAAGAAAUCACCAGCAACUUCCAGAUGAAAACCAUGUGGCGAUCGUACUUUUGUGCUCUGGUAGCCACAGGUGUGCUGGCAGCGUUCAACCCCUUCCGAACUGGCCAGCUCGUCAUGUUCCAGGUCAAGUACGACCGGGACUGGCACUUUUUCGAAAUCUUCUUCUUCUCCAUCAUUGGAGUCUUUGGAGGUAUGUACGGAAUCUUUGUCAGCAAAUGGAACCUGAGAGUCCAGUCGUUCCGAAAGCGAUACCUCGGCAAGUACGCAGUCAAGGAAGCUACUCUCUUAGCGUCCCUGACCGCUCUAAUCUGCUACUCCAACGAGUUUUUGCGCCUUGAUAUGACUGCUGCUAUGGAAAACCUGUUCCACGAAUGUGAGAAUGGAUGGGAGAAGUACCACGAUCUCUGCCAGCCCGACCGACAGGGUUUGACCAUGCUGCUAUCUCUCCUGGCUGCCUGCGUCAUCCGAACAUUCCUGGUUAUUAUCUCAUACGGCUGCAAGGUGCCUGCUGGUAUCUUUGUGCCCUCCAUGGCCGUUGGAGCUACCUUUGGACGACUGAUUGGAAACAUUGUACAGUACUGGCAGCAGGCACGGCCCGACUCUAUCAUUUUCAGCCAAUGUGUCGUUGACCAGCCUUGCAUCACUCCUGGCGCGUACGCCUUCCUUGGUGCUGCCGCUGCAUUGUCUGGAAUCACCAACAUUUUCGUGACCGUCGUGGUCAUCAUGUUUGAGCUCACUGGUGCGUUGACAUACAUUCUGCCUACCAUGAUUGUUGUUGGAAUCACCAAGGCUAUCUCUGAUCGGUUUGGCAAGGGAGGUAUCGCUGACCAGAUGAUUUGGUUCAACGGCUUCCCAUUCAUUGACAAUAAGGAGGAGCAUGCCUUCAACGCACCCGUCUCAAAGGCAAUGCAGAAAAAUGCCGUCUACUUCACCUACGACAGCAUCACUCUCAAGGAGGUCGAGACUCUGCUCGAAUCGAACCCCUUCCAGGGCUACCCGGUGGUUGAAUCCAGCAAGGAGGACCCUCCCAUGCUAGUGGGAUACAUUGCCAAGGAGGAGAUUGUUCGGUUGAUUGCAAAGUUCAAGGCUCUGAACCGCGACAUUCAUUCAUCGGAGCUCGGACAGGUCCAAUGCUACUUUGGAGAGAUUCCCGAGUCUGCUAGACAGUCAUCGCAAGCAUUCAUCGACAUGAGACCAAGUAUCAACACAUGCCCGCUGACAGUGGCACCACUAGCUCCGCUUGAAAACGUGACGUCAAUCUUCCUGCAGAUGGGCCCUAAGGUGGUGUUGGUAGUCAAGGAAGGACGUUUGGUGGGUCUUAUCUCCCGAAAGGAUGUGCUCAAAUAUCAAUUCAUCACUGAACGACAACACAAUCACCACACUCGACUGCAAACACAACAGUACAAUGAGCAGCUCGAAGAACGAGUAUGGAAGCUGCUCAAUCAGGCAGGAGACUACAUUAACCACGGUCUCGCAAAGAUCAAGGGAUACGUCCUGAGGAGGUAA